AUGGAACGCACCGUUACUUUAACUAAGUACUACGCACAUCACCUCACGCCUUUCGCCCCCCUCUCCCAUGGCACAUCACGUCACACCUUUCGCCCUUACCCCUCUCCCAUAUCGCAUCACUUCACGUCAUUCGCCCCUCUCUCCCAUAUCAUAUCAUCUCAAGCCUUUCAACCCCUCUCCCAUAACGCCAUUCGCCCCUUCCCCCUCUCCCAUAUCACAUCACCUCACGCCAUUCGCCCCUUCCCCUCUCCCAUAUCACAUCUCCUCACGCCAUUUGCCCCCUUCCCCUCUCCCAUAUCACAUCACCUCACACCAUUUGCUCCUUCCCCUCUUCCAUAUCACAUCUCGUCACGCCAUUCGCCCCUUCCCCUUUCCCAUAUCACAUCUCCUCACGCCAUUUGCCCCUUCCCCUCUCCCAUAUCACAUCACCUCACGCCAUUUGCCCCUUCCCCUCUUCCAUAUCACAUCUCCUCACGCCAUUCGCCCCUUCCGCUCUCCCAUAUCACAUCCCGUCAUGCCAUUUGCCCCUUCCCCUCUUCCAUAUCACAUCUCCUCACGCCAUUCGCCCAUUCCCCUCUCCAGUAUCACAUCACCUCACGCCAUUUGCUCUUUCCCCUCUUCCAUAUCACAUCACCCCACGCCAUUUGCCCCUUCCCCUCUUCCAUAUCACAUCUCGUCACGCCAUUCACCCCUUCCCCAUUCCCAUAUCACAUCUCCUCACGUCAUUUGCCCCUUCCCCUCUUCCAUAUCACAUCUCGUCACGCCAUUCGCCCCUUCCCCUCUCCCAUAUCACAUCACCUCACGUUAUUUGCCCCUUCCCCUCUCCCAUAUCACAUCUUGUCACGCCAUUCGCCCCUUCCCCUCUCCCAUAUCACAUCACCUCACGCCAUUUGCUCCUUCCCCUCUUCCAUAUCACAUCUCGUCACGCCAUUCGCCCCUUCCCCUCUCCCAUAUCACAUUUCCUCACGCCAUUUGCCCCUUCCCCUCUCCCAUAUCACAUCACCUCACGCCAUUUGCCCCUUCCCCUCUUCCAUAUCACAUCUCCUCACGCCAUUCGCCCCUUCCCCUCUCCCAUACCACAUCACCUCACGCCAUUUGCCCCUUCCCCUCUUCCAUAUCACAUCUACUCACGCCAUUUGCCCCUUCCCCUCUCCCACAUCACAUCACCUCACGCCAUUUGCCCCCUCCCCUCUUCCAUAUCACAUCUCCUCACGCCAUUCGCCCCUUCCCCUCUCCCAUAUAACAUCACCUCACGUCAUUUGCCCCUUCCCCUCUUCCAUAUCACAUCUCCUCACGCCAUUCGCCCCUUCCCCUCUCCCACAUCACAUCACCUCACGCCAUUUGCCCAUUCCCCUCUUCCAUAUCACAUCACCUCAAGUCAUUUGCCCUUUCCCCUCUUCCACAUCACAUCACCUCACGCCAUUUGCCCCUUCCCCUCUUCCAUAUCACAUCACCUCACGUCAUUUGCCCCUUCCCUUCUUCCAUAUCACAUCUCCUCACGCCAUUCGCCCCUUCCGCUCUCCCAUAUCACAUCCCGUCAUGCCAUUUGCCCCUUCCCCUCUUCCAUAUCACAUCUCCUCACGCCAUUCACCCCUUCCCUUCUCCAGUAUCACAUCACCUCACGCCAUUUGCUCCUUCCCCUCUUCCAUAUCACAUCACCUCACGCCAUUUGCUCCUUCCCCUCUUCCAUAUCACAUCUCGUCAUUCCAUUCGCCCCUUCCUGUCUCUCAUAUCACAUCUCCUCACGCCAUUUGCCCCUUUCCCUCUUCCAUAUCACAUCUCGUCACGCCAUUCGCCCCUUUCCCUCUCCCAUAUCACAUCACCUCACGCCAUUUGCCCCUUCCCCUCUCCCAUAUCACAUCUUGUUACGCCAUUCGCCCCUUCCCCAUUCCCAUAUCACAUCACCUCACGCCAUUUGCUCCUUCCCCUCUUCCAUAUCACAUCUCGUCACGCCAUUCGCCCCUUCCCCUCUCCCAUAUCACAUCUCCUCACGCCAUUUGCCCCUUCCCCUCUCCCAUAUCACAUCACCUCACGCCAUUUGCCCCUUCCCCUCUUCCAUAUCACAUCCCGUCACGCCAUUCGCCCCUCCCCCUGUCCCAUAUCACAUCUCCUCAAGCCAUUUGCCCCUUCCCCUCUUCCAUAUCACAUCUCGUCACGCCAUUCGCCCCUUCCCCUCUCCCAUAUCACAUCACCUCACGCCAUUUGCCCAUUCACCUCUCCCAUUUCACAUCUUGUCACGCCAUUCGCCCCUUCCCCUCUCCCAUAUCACAUCACCUCACGCCAUUUGCUCCUUCCCCUCUUCCAUAUCACAUCUCGUCACGCCAUUCGCCCCUUCCCCUCUCCCAUAUCACAUCUCCUCACGCCAUUUGCCCCUUCCCCUCUCCCAUAUCACAUCACCUCACGCCAUUUGCCCCUUCCCCUCUCCCAUAUCACAUCACCUCACGCCAUUUGCCCCUUCCCCUCUCCCAUAUCACAUCUCCUCACGCCAUUUGCCCCUUCCCUUCUCCCAUAUCACAUCACCUCACGCCAUUCGCCCCUUCCCCUCUCCCAUAUCACAUCUCCUCACGCCAUUUGCCCCUUCCCCUCUCCCAUAUCACAUCACCUCACGCCAUUUGCCCCUUCCCCUCUUCCAUAUCACAUCUCGUCACGCCAUUCGCCCCUUCCCCUCUCCCAUAUCACAUAUCCUCACGCCAUUUGCCCCUUUCUCUCACAUAUCAUAUCACCGAAUCUGUAGUACGCAAAGCAUUAUCGCUCGAUCUGGUGUACGAGAAAGAGAUCUGGCUGAUGCAAGCCGAUAGGAAAACUUUUACAUACAAUUUGUAG